AUGGACGUCGUUGACGGUCAAAUUAUUGAUACACUAUGUCGUCUUGAUCCGAACUUUUUUGAUAGUCUACAAGAGAUUCCAAGCAGUAUUACAGAGCUUCGCACAGAUAUCUUUUAUCAAGCUAUCGUAAUGCUGGUAUGGUCAUGCAGACCAACUACAAAGAAAGAAAUUCCUUCAAGAUUUCUUCCCCAAAAUAUGUCUACGAAAUUUCGAUGUGUUACAACUGUUGUCGAUGCAGUGAAGAGCAUUGGUGUACGUGAUCCAAUAGAUUAUCAUAUGUUGCUAUAUGGACGAAGCAGAGAGUUGCGUAAUAUUCUUAUUGGUCUCAUGGAAAAAUUGCCCAAAGAUUCUUCCGUGGUUACUUCUGUGGAAGAUCCAUUGAAAGACCUAAUGCGAUCAGCUAACCUUGAAGAUGGAGAUAAGGAAGGAUUUCUUACUCGGUUUAGUUCAUCUCAAAAGCAAGCUAUAUCGACAAGGGUCGAUUUCGUAGGUUUCUCUGGUGAUGUUAUGGUAGCUUUACAUUGUAAUGAUUGGCGAUACCGUCAUUAUGCAGUUAUUUGUUCCUUGUUGGAAAACAAUGCCGUACACAAAAUUAAGACACAAAACUAUCAAUCACUUAGACAUGGAGUUUUAGAAAUUUUGCACCUUAGAUUUAUUAACGAGGGAGUGAAACUACAAUUGAAACCUAAACCAGUUAUUUCUCUAAAACUACAAAAGGAAAAAACAAAGGAUAAACAAGAAAUUGAUCCAGAAGUGGAUGUAGAAAAAAAUGAAGUCCUUAACGAACUGCUUAGUAAAGUUGUGGCUUUGACAGCAUAUGUAGAUCGUAAGAAGAUUUCCAACAGGAGAAUGCAAAACGAUGAGAGUGAACGAUUAUUAAUUUUACGAAACAAAAAGUUUCAAGAGGCUGAAGUUGAUGGACGGCUGAAAAAAUUAUUAGAAAAUCCAAAUGCUGUUUUGAAGCUUGAGAGUUAUAUUGAUGGAAGUAAUGAACGGAUGCAGCAUCUUCAAAAUUUAUGGUUGAAAGCCAAAGCAGAAAAGGAUGAAGAAGUGAAGAGAGCACAGCUAACUGCUGCAUUAUCAUUAUCAUCAGAUUUCACCGUUCCGUGCUACAGUCGAGAAAUUUCAUCCAAUGAUGCGAAAUUGAUUGAGAAUGAACUUGCUGAUAAAAAGAAAAUUCUAGAGAAAUUGAAAAAAGAGGUCGAGUCACGAGAAAAGAAACAGAUUAAUCGAAAUAUUUAUACGAAACACAUAUUUGAUAUUGUUGGCAACAUUAGGAAGCAGCAAAACGAAAUUAACAAAAUUGCUGCAGAAAAUCUCUAUCUUCAGAGAGAGAUCAAGUCGAAUGCAGGAAAACUGGAACGUUCUUUCACCGUAGUUGAAGGAAAACUGUACAGAGACGUUGAGAAAGAUACAUUUAUGCAAAAAGCAUACAUGCUACUGAUGAAAAUUCAUAGUGAAUGUUCUUGUGUUAUCACUGGCAUUGAUUCUGCUGGACAAAUUGAACGAGAAAUUGAAGAACUAAACGAUCAGAUUGCUACGCAGUAUCAAAAGAACAUAAAUGAAAAACUUGAGUGUAUUGUUAACGACUGGAUGCAAAUAAGGAAAGAAAAUAUGGCUUUGAAGGAAUUAUUAAAAGAAUGUGAUAAUUAA